AUGGAGAUCAACGAGCAAACCUACAAUGCUUUACAGCAGUAUUUGUUGCAGACAUUGAGCCCAGACACUCAAAAAGACGCUGCUCACAACUUGUCACAAGUCGAGGUUCAACAAGGUUUCCCUAUUCUUCUGCUCAAGCUCAUCAGCGAUGAAUCAGUAGAUCAAACACUGCGUAUCGCAGGCGCUGUGUAUUUCAAAAACUACAUCAAGCGCCAUUGGGUCAAUGACAAUGAAGAAGAAGCCGAUAAAAUCGCACCUCAAGACCGUCUUGAGAUCAAGAACCAGAUUGUUCAACUCAUGAUUACGGUUCCUGACAAGCUCCAGUUGCAAAUCAGUGAUGCGCUUAGUUUGAUUGCUGAAUCAGAUUUCCCUGAACACUGGGAGUCUUUGUUACCAGAAUUGAUUAGCAAAUUGAGUCCAACCGACUAUAGAGUCAACAAUGGUAUUCUUGGUACAGCUCACUCCAUUUUCAAGAGAUGGAGAUCCGCCUUCAGAUCAGACGAACUUUUUAUCAACAUCAAAUACGUCUUGAGCAUGUUUUGUGAGCCUUACAUGCAGCUCUUCCAGAUUACAGACAAAUUGAUCGAGGAGAAUGCCAACAAUCCAGCUGCACUCGCUAUUUUGGCACGUUCGUUGACUCUGUUGAUCAAAAUUUAUUACGAUUUGAACUGUCAAGAUCUGCCCGAGUUCUUUGAGGACAAUUUGACAACAUUCAUAGGCUUGUUUGAAAAGUACCUCGUCUACCAAAACCCUCAUUUGGUCACUGAUGAUGAGGAAGAAGAGGGUCCUCUGGAGCAAAUCAAGACUGGCAUCUGCUUUAUUCUCGAAUUAUACACCACUCGCUACGAAGACGCUUUCCCUCAACUGACUGCAUUCGUGCCCAUCGUCAUCAACUUGCUCACAAACACCAACAGCGAGCCCAAGUACGACACAAUGGUCUGCAAGGCCUUUGCCGUGUUGACAGCCAUUGUCAAGAUUGAACGCCACGCUCACAUGUUUGCCGAUCCCAAUGCAUUAAACACCAUGUGCGAAAGAAUUGCUCUUCCCAAUAUUUCCAUGAGAACUGUUGAUGAGGAAUUGUUCGAGGACAACCCAAUUGAGUAUAUUCGCAGAGAUUUGGAAGGCUCAGACACGGACACGCGUCGUCGUGCCGCUGCUGAUUUCAUCCGUGGUUUAAUGGAGCGUGCUGAAGUUCAGGUCACCAAGAUCAUGUCCGAAUACGUCAACCGCUACUUGCAAACGUACAGCACCAACCCCAAGGCCAACUGGAAGGAUAAAAACACGGCUAUUUUCUUGUUGGUAGCCAUUGCCAGUCGAUCCUCCACCAGUCAGCAAGGUGUCACCAAAACUAACGCACUUGUCGAUGUCGUUGAUUUCUUCUCCAAGCAUGUCUUGUGUGAUUUGCAGUCUGACGUCAAUACAGACAUUCCCAUCUUGAAAGUGGACGCCAUCAAGUACGUGUAUACCUUUAGAAACCAACUCACCAAGGAACAGCUCCUCUUGGUAUUCCCCUUGUUGCUCAAACACCUCGAAUCCAGCGAUUACGUGGUCUAUACCUAUGCUGCUAUUGCCAUUGAGCGCAUCUUGUUUAUCCGUCAAGGAAAGAUCAUGAUGUUCACUGCUGUCGAUAUCAAGCCGUAUGCCGAAACGCUUUUAUCUCAACUGUUCAGACUGAUUGAACAAGGUCAAACACCUGAAAAGCUGUCUGAAAACGACUACUUGAUGAGAGCUGUCAUGCGUGUCAUCAUUACCAGUCGCCAGGAUAUGGUCCCCUACGUCAAUGUCAUCAUGGACAAGUUGACCAAGAUCCUGUCCAUUGUCAGCAAGAAUCCCAGUAACCCCAAGUUCAACCACUAUGUCUUUGAGAGUAUUGGUGCUCUAAUCCGUUUCAUCUGUCCUAUUUCAGAGGCUGCUUUGAGCGAAUUUGAAAACAUGUGCUUUGGCCCAUUCCAAACCAUUCUCUCUCAAGAAGUCCAAGAAUUCACUCCUUACGUGUUCCAACUGUUGGCUCAAUUGCUGGAGCAACAUCAAGGUGUGGAAUUGACGCCAGCCUACAUUGCUCUGUUGGGCCCCUUAUUGAAUCCUGUGCUCUGGGAACAAGGUAAUAUCCCUGCCCUCGUCCGUUUACUGCAAGCUUAUUUGGAUAAGGGUGUCAAUUCCAUCUUGGCUGGUAAUCAGCUGGAGCAAAUUCUUGGUAUUUUCCAGCAAAAGCUGAUUUAUUCUCGCCAAUUCGACCAUUACGGUAUGCUCUUGUUGAACACAGUCUCUACCAGAGUGCCCAUCAAUGUCUUGGGCAACUAUCUCCCUGCUCUGCUUUCAGCUGUGUUGAAGAGACUCCAAAGCAAAAAGAAGGGCGACACCAUACAAUUUGACAAAUUUACUCGCAAUUUUACAUUGUGGAUGAAUCUCUGUUUCUUGCUGGAAUCAUUUGGUGGACCUGACAUCAUCAUCAAAGUAUACGAACAAUUGCAGCCUGGACUCUUUGGUCAAAUCAUGACAUUAUUUGUGCUCCCUGACUUGAGCAAGUUGAGUAAACCCCUGGAUCGCAAGAUUGGUGGCUGUGGUAUGGCACGUCUCUUGACUAGAUCUGAUCUCAUGCUUCAAGCUCCCUACGUUAGUCAACUGUGGGGACAAUCCUUGUUGGCUGUAUUGGCCUUGUUUGAACUGCCCCCUGCUGUGGAAGUUGAGGGCCUGGAUGAAUUAUACACACUGGAUAUUGAAGAGGGUGGAUAUCAAACCACAUUUGCUAAAUUGGCUACCAGUAAUCCUGUUCCUCAAGAUCCCACAAGUGGUUUGCCUGCUCCUCCUGUUUAUCUCGCUCAACAAAUUAUGGCAAUGCCUGCUGAUAAACGUCAAAUCGUUAAAUCUUUGGUAUCCCAGUCUGCUGAGGCUUCACAGUAUUUACCGAAGUAUUUCCAGCAAGCCAACAUUUCUUUGGAUCAAUUGUAA